UCGCGACCCCAAAAUGGGUCAUUGACUCAUUUUAGGCAAGUAUGACAAUCAGAACAGCCCGUCCAGACCGAGUACAACAUUUUCGACGUCUGCACUGUCUCAAAAAGUUGGAGACGAUUGUGGUUGAGAUGCAAGACCCAAAAAGUGGACUUAAAGGCUCAGAACAGAAACUCAACGUCACCACCAUUCCACAUGUCAUUGCUGGUCAAGACAUCAUUGCAUGGAUUGCCAACAAGAUGAAGAUAACCGUAGAAGAAGCCCAGGUCUUUGGCACCAUGUUCGUGGCCUACGGUUACAUCUAUGCCCUGCAGAACCACAAGAAGCUUGUCAUGUGCAAUGACAGCAGCCUUUACCGGUUCCAGACUCCAUACUUUUGGCCUACACAGAAAUGGGUUGCAGAUGACACCGACUAUGCCAUUUACCUGGCAAAGAGAAACAUUCGCAAGAAAGGCAUGCUGGAACCAUAUGAACAGGCACAUUACAACCGCUUGCAUAAAUGGCUAUGCCACAAGUGGGACUUUAUUGUGAUGCAGGCCACUGAGCAAUACAAGGCUUCAAGAGAGAGAAAGAAGCCAGAUCGUGUUGUGUUUGAUUGCCAGGAGAGAGCUUACUGGAUUGUGAACAGGCCACCGCGUCGUACUCACAGCGCUUUGGAAAUUGGACCGGACCGCCUUAUUGAUCCCACAGAUGAGAAAAUCUCAUUUGACCAAUACAGACGCAUGAACAUGUUCUACCAACAAGCCAUCAUGAGGUCGAAAGUCAAAUCCAGUGUCUCGCUUGGAGCACUGGUGAAGUACAUCACGACCUACAAAAACCAUGAUCCCUUUCUGGCACCCUGCCUACCCAGCAAUCCCUGGCAGACUGACAAUGACUCAUACUGGAAUCUUAAUAUGAGAAGGGUUGACGUCCCGACAAAAAUGCGAGUCGAGCGUUGGUCCUUCAGCUUGUUUGAGUUAUUGACCGAUCUGCGAGGUCGGGACGACUUCAAGAUCUUCCUCAAAAAGGAGUUUAGCGGGGAGAAUUUAGCCUUCUGGGAAGCAGCUGAGGAACUUAAAUGGGGAACUGCAGCAUCCAUGUCAACUAAAGCUGAGACCAUCUUCAAGACCUUUCUAGCCCCCGGCGCUCCCCGCUGGAUCAACAUUGAUGGCAGGACUAUGGGUCUGACUGUGAAAGGCCUGGACCAUCCUCACCGCUAUGUGCUGGAGGCUGCGCAGACACACGUUUUCUUGCUCAUGAAAAAGGACACUUUUUUCCGUUACCUCAAGUCGCCAGUGUACAAGGACAUCCAAAAAAAGUCAUUGAACCCGCAGCCUCAUAAUUUCAGUCAAGCCCAGUUAGAGCAAAACGUUCAGAACCGAAGCCCGGGUAUCCAUCCAACCAUUCUUUGGAAGCAAGAAGAGGAGGAAAAGGCAAAGGCUGCUGCUGCUGCUGCCCCCGUUGAUGUCAAGGCCAUGAUGAGUAAAAUUGACAGAAAGAAAUAAAGAAAAAGAAUACUUGUGUGUUGCUGUAUGGGUACAAUGAGUACAAAAAUAAUUAUCUGAAAUAAUGACAUAACAUUUUUCGUAACGGCACUAGUUGCCUAUUUAGUUCUAGGUGCUGAACUUGUGCUGGCAGACAGUAUACUUUGUUGGAAUACU